GCUCGCACAGGUGUUUAAGCAACUCAAGGAGUUGCGCGAAGACAUAGCCAAAAUAACGCAGCAGCACCGCAACCAGCUGCAACAGUUUGCUAGUUCGCAGCAGGCUUUGAUUGUCUCUCCACUCACCUACCCUGCUUCCAAAGCUGCGUGUCAGUCCAAUUUUGCCCCUCUGACUAUGUCUACUUCUUCUUCUUCUUUGAGUGUGGUUAACAGUCAAAGCGGAUCUGCAGCAGGUCCAGACCCCGCUGCUGCUGCUGCUGCUGCGGCAGCAGGCAGUGGUAGCGCAGGGCAUUCUGGAACUGCUGCAGCCCCGAAUCCGGAUCCAGCAACCGGUGGUCCUAACUGCAGCUUCCCCUACGUGGAUCGGAAGGCGGCACAGAUUCCGUCUAAGUAUGACGGAAAAGACGACAUUGAGUCUUGGAUCAGCACCAUGCGGUCCUACUUUGAUGUACUGGGGACACCCCCAGCUACUCAGUCAUCGGUCCUAGGGACCAAUGUGGAACCCGCCGUAAGAGGACACUUGGAAAUCCAAGCUGUACAAGCAGGUUAUAAGUGUAUAGACCUGAACAAAUGGCUGAAGGCUAUGCCUGUAGCCACACUUGAAGAGCUCUUGAUCAAACAGUAUGCCGAUCCACAUGUUGCGUUUAAAGCAAGAAACAAGCUUGAUAAGCUCAAGCACAUCAAGUGGACCGGCACCAUGCAAAGUCUGCAGCAGUACGUCAGUAAGCUGUUUGCUACUCCUAAUUUGGAAAUGACUGCACAGUCUUGCUUGAAUGUCAUCAAAGGUACGGUUCCCUCUGCUGAAACUCGUCGCCUAGAUUGGCUUACCCUCAUGAGGGAUUUAGUCAAGCUGGAGGCACAAGACCUCCCGGGUGGAUCGACUGUCAAAAAGACCAUUGGCCGCAAACGGUUUCCUGGCAGCAACCGUUUUGCAGCGCACGAUCUGCAUGAGGACGAUGAGGAGACCUUCGCAGAUCAUCCUUCUCUUGAUGACGAUCAAGAGCAAGGCUGCGAGACAUCUUGCUCUUCGUCAUCCCACGAGUCUGAGUAUGUGAAUGACGAUGAAUCUAUGAAUGUCUUUAAAAAGACUGCCUUUAAGAGCAAGGGACCGAAGACCACAAUGAAGAGCAAUACUAACACUGUUUUCCUCCCCAAAGGGGCAAAGAUUCCACCCAUACCGGAAGAUCCUGCCACAAUACCAUGGGUAGAUCUCCGGAUCAGUGAAAGGAAACCAACAAAGGGGGUAGAGUCAUCAUCAGCACACUCUACUAAUGGAGAGGCUGGACAAACAAGUGCAGGUCCUUUACCGGAAUCUGAUCCUACUCAGCAAACUUCUCCUGAGACCCCUUCUGAUGCUGAUUCCAAGGCUGAGCAACUAUGCAUCUUAUAUAAAGAGCCUUGGGUAGAGUCGGAAGAAAUCGACUUUCAUGCUCUCUUGACACGCUGGGCUCACCUGAAGCAAGAACGCGUGCAAGGGAAGACGAAGUUGAUCUUCUUCAAACUCCGCAUUAACGGUCGUUACAUCCGUGUGUUGGCUGAUUGUGGCGCAACCGCCAACUACUUCUCACCGCACGACAUUCGUAAGGCACGCUUGAGAAUGAAGCAAGAGAUCUUGCAGAAUCCUUGCCGGACCCAAGUGGGCAACCAAGAGGUUGUCACAUCUACGCAUGCAGUCAAAGGUGUGCACACUACCUUUGACGCUGACCGCACAAUCACGCAUGAACUAAACUUCUAUGUCCUUGAUCAGUGUCCCUUCGAGGCGGUUAUUGGCUUGGGAUGGUUGCAGGCCCAAUGUGUAAGAACCACAUGGAAGGACUCACAAUUCAUGGUCAAAGAUGCUAUGGGAAUCGAGCGACCAGUCCUCUUGGACAAGUCGCGUGAAAUCACAAGAAAGAAUGCAUAUCCUUUGCCAUGUAUCGAUGACCUUCUCGAUGCUGCAAGUGGAUGCAAGGUCUUCAGCAAGAUCGAUCUCAAGUCUGGCUACUACCAGAUUGAAGUCGAGCCUGCAGGCCAGCACAAGACCGCAUUCAAAACUCGCGAUGGGCUGUACGAGUUUACAGUCAUGCCCUUCGGUCUCAUGAGUGCGCCAACCACCUUUCAAAGUCUCAUGGAUAAAGUAUUUCGCACUCAGAUCAAUCGAUUUGUUGUUGUAUAUCUGGAUGACAUACUAAUCUUCAGCAAAUCGAUGGAGGAGCACAUGAGACACCUUGAGGAACUGAUGCAGAUCCUCAAGGACGCGCAACUCCAUCUCAACUUGGAGAAAUCUGAGUUUGGGAGGGACAACGUCAUCUACCUUGGACAUCAGUUGUUUGCUGCAGGCCUAAAGCUCGAGGCAACCAAAGUUGAGGUCAUCCGAAAGUGGCCUCAACCUGCGAAUGUCCGCGAGUUGUGUUCUUUUCUUGGUCUUGCGUCGUACUACCGUAAGUACGUGCCUAGAUUCUCUAUCACCGCCCGUCCAUUGUCUAAGCUAACAAGCAAGAAUGUGUCCUACACAUGGAAUGAAGAAUGCACGACAGCCUUUGAAGCACUUAAAGAGGCUUUGGUGAGUCAUCCGGUACUCCGCAUUGCAGAUCUCAAGCUUACAUUCGUAGUAACUACGGAUGCAAGUUUGUAUGGGAUUGGUGUGGUGCUGCAACAAGAUGACGGUGAUGGCUUACGUCCGCUUGAAUUCUACACCAAACGCAUGCCCAGUCACAAGGUAGCCGCUUCCACCUACAUGAGAGAGCUCUAUGCCUUGAGAGAGGCAUUAGACCACUGGAAACACUACCUCUUGGGUCGCCAUUUCAAAGUGUUCUCAGACCAUGAGACUUUGAAAUGGAUUCAGACACAGGUUAACCCAUCAACCACGUUGACCCGAUGGCUGCAUGAGAUUGACGUGUAUGAUUUUGAACUCAAACACAAGAAAGGCUGUUAUAACCGAGUCGCAGAUGCUUUGUCUCGCCACCCUGAGUAUAUGACUUGCCUAGUGGGUUCCUAUAAUCUUCGCAAGAACUUAAAAGAGGAACUCAUUGAGCAAACUGCCAAGGAUCCGGAACUCAGUCCCAUCCUUGAGCAGAUUCAGGCCGACCCCGACAGUCAGCCUGAUUUCCAUGAAUGCAAGGGGCUUCUCUUCCGACGCUACGGGAAGCAUGAUCGGUUGUAUGUACCCAACCAUGAGCCGAUCCUCGGUCACUUUUUGGACUUGGCUCAUGGCCGGAGUGGACACUUCGGUGUGGAGAAGACAAACGGAAACUUGUUGGAAAAGUUUGUGUGGCCUGGAAUGAAACGAAUGACACAAAGGUUUGUGGCUGAAUGUGAAGUUUGUCAACGCAUCAAACCGUCUCGACAGAAGCCCUAUGGGCUGCUGCACCCUCUUCCUAUCCCUGAUGGUCCAGGUGAGUCUGUUUCCAUCGACUUCACGGACAUGGGAAAGAAGAGCCGAAACGGUUAUUCACAAGUUAUGGUAAUCAUUGAUCGCUUUUCGAAAUUUAUGAACCUGAUUCCAUUACCACCUUACGCCCCAACUGACCUUGUGGUUGAGGAAUUUAACAAACGGUACAUUCUGCAUUAUGGCCCCCCGAAGACUCUUGUGAGUGAUCGGGAGACGAGGUUCAUAAGUGCAGAUUGGAAGGACUUCACCUCCCAAACCUACGACAUGAAACUCAAGAUGACGUCUGGUCAACACCCCGAAGCCAAUGGACUGGCCGAGGAGAUCAACCAGACCGUGAUCCAACCUCUCAGGGCUCUAAUCGUGCCAGAUCACAACUCUUGGGAUGAGGAGUUGCCGAUUGUGCAGGGGUUGUAUAACAACUUCAUUCACUCCUCCACCGGGAUGACGCCUACUCGGCUACACCUCGGAUAGAAGACCCGCAAUCCUCUAUCCUACCUGUUCCCGGAAGAGCCACCUGGCCUGACGCCCGGUCAGCCAGGCUACAGCGCCAAGUACGAUCGGUUGCUCAAAGUUGCUGUCGCAACUAUGGAAAGACGACGCAAUGCCAUGAUCAAGCACGCGAACAAAAAACGCCAGCCUGC